AUGCGCUUACAGAUUGCUUCUGAUUCAGCUGGAGCACUCGCGUAUUUGCAUUCAUCAUCAUCUAUUCCUAUAUUUCACAGAGACAUCAAGUCUUCCAACAUACUUUUGGAUGACAAGUAUAGAGCUAAAUUAUCAGAUUUCGGCACCUCAAAAUCAGUGGCGACUAAUCAAACCCAUGUAGCCACUGAAGUAAUGGGAACAUUUGGUUAUUUAGAUCCAGGGUACUUUCAAUCUAGUCAGUUUACUGAAAAGAGUGACGUUUACAGUUUUGGUGUGGUUCUUGUCGAGCUUUUAACAGGACAAAAAGCAAUACGCGCAAUAUCAGAAGAGGAUCGAACUUUGACAUCAUGGUUUCUUUACCAUAUGGAAGACUCUAGUUUGCUUGAUAUUAUAUAUUCUCAAAUUCUACAAAAGAGUUUGAAGGGAGAGUUUCUCACAAUUGGUAAUCUCGCAAAGCGAUGUUUAAACCUGUAUGGAAAGAAAAGACCAGCCAUGAAAGAAGUUUUGCAAGAGAUAGAAGCUGUAUUGUCAACUCCACUGUCUGCUGGAACAACAUCCAAAGGUUUAUACUACAAUGACUUUACAAGUUAUAGCACUUCCUAUAUGGAAAGCAGCUCUUCUAGCUCUGCUGAACCUUCUCUAUAA